ACCCCGCGAGCGCGGUGCGGCUUCCCGCCCUCCGCAUCCCCCCGCGGUGUGUUUGUGUCGGCAGCGGGGCCUCGGGCGGAGCGCCCUCCGCGCGGCCCGGUCCCUGCUCGCGGCGCGGCAACAGGCGGCCUGCACGGCGCUGAGAAAACAUGAGCCGAGAUUUCAAACCCGGGGACCUCAUCUUUGCCAAGAUGAAAGGUUAUCCGCAUUGGCCGGCCAGGGUGGAUGAAGUUCCUGAUGGAGCAGUAAAACCUCCAACAAAUAAAAUGCCUAUUUUCUUUUUUGGCACCCAUGAAACGGCAUUUUUGGGACCAAAGGACAUAUUCCCAUACUCUGAAAAUAAAGAUAAAUAUGGAAAACCAAACAAAAGGAAGGGUUUUAAUGAAGGGUUGUGGGAAAUUGACAACAAUCCGAAAGUGAAGUUCUCUCAUCAACUGUCCCAUCCAGCUGUUAACACAUCCAUCAAAGAAACUGUUCAAGAAAGCGGUCCAGAGACUGCUGAGGGAAGUGAAGAAAAACCAGGAGCCAAAAGGAGAAAGCCUGCUAUCCCCAAAUUAUCCCCUAAAGGGGAUAACAACUUACCUGCAGAAGCUGAAGAAGAAGAAAAGGAGAUGCAUACUACAAAGGAAGAUGAUGUACCGUCUGAAAAAAACAGUAAAGAAGGUGUAGUGAAAACAAGUGAUGCAUCUAUUCCUAAAGUUGCUAGAAGAGGAAGAAAAAGAAAGGCUGAAAAACAAGCUGAAGCUGAAGAAGCAGCAGUAGUGGCAACAGCAGCAGUGGUAGCAGCAGCAGCUCCUGUGACCGUAUCUCCAAAAGUAAGCCCCAAAAGAGGAAGACCAGCAGCUUCUGAAGUAAAGGUUCCAAAACCGAGAGGGAGGCCCAAGUUGGUGAAGCCACCUUGUCUUUCUGAAAGUGACCUUGUUAACGAGGAGGAGAAAGCAAAGAAAAAAGGACCAGAUGAGAAGCCCAAAAAACAAGGGAAGAAGGAUGAGGAAGGUCAGAAGGAAGAGGAAAAACCAAAGAAGGAAUAUGAUAAAAAAGAUGGGAAGAAAGAGGCUGAACCAAAAAGGAAAAAUGCUGCAAAACUGGGUUCUACAUCAGCUUCUGAUUCUGAAGAGGAGGGGGGAGAAGAAGAAGGUGACAAGCAGAAGAAAAAAGGGGGAAGAAGCUUUCAGGCAGCUCAUAGAAGAAAUAUCAUGAAAGGCCAGCACGAGAAAGAGGUGACAGAAAGAAAGCGUAAGCAAGAGGAACAGGGAGAAAGUGAACUGCAGAGUAAAGAAGAAAGCAAGAAAACAGAAGUUAAGAAGAUGGAGAAGAAGAGAGAAACAUCAAUGGAUUCUAGGCUUCAAAGGAUACAUGCAGAAAUUAAAAACUCCCUGAAAAUUGAUAAUCUUGAUGUGAACAGGUGUAUUGAGGCUCUUGAUGAAUUGGCAUCUCUUCAAGUCUCAAUGCAACAAGCUCAGAAACAUACGGAGAUGAUUCUGACACUCAAGAAGAUACGGAAGUUCAAAGUUAGCCAAGUUAUCAUGGAGAAAUCUACAAUGCUAUAUAACAAGUUCAAGACCAUGUUUCUGGUUGGGGAAGGAGAUUCUGUUCUCUCCCAAGUACUAAAUAAAUCACUUGCUGAGCAGAAGCAGCAUGAGGAAGCCAACAAAACCAAAGAACAGUGGAAGAAAGGAACAAGCAAAAAAAAUGAGAAGGAAAAGGACCAAACAGGUUCAAAGAUUUUGAAUGGAGGGUCUGAAACUCAAGACACCAACCAAUCACAGCACAAUGGAGAGAAUGCUGAAGAAAAGAAAGAUAAGCAUGAAGUUGGUAGUAAGAAAAACCAGUGACGAGGAUCUCAUAUCAUUUGCCUCCAACAUGCAGCGCCUUAAGGGAGUGUAAUCAACACAUGAGUGCAGGUUCCCAGCACAACUUACAGAGUAAAGUAUGCUGCUUAAAUGGGAGAUGUGGUAAAAACACAGUAUGGUACUAAUGAUGUGCAACAUCUGAGUUACUUGAAAUCAAUAGCAAAUCAGUUUGGUUGUCCAGCAGUGGAGUAUAUUUGUAGAAGUAUUUAAAAAUAAAUGAUUACUUAACUGGUUCUUCAAGGUACAAAUUUUUUCCUUGCCUGUUCCCUUUUCUCAUAUAUAUUCUUGAUAACACAGCUCUUCCAAUGGCAAAAAGAUAAAGGGAAAUCUAACUGAGAUUAUAUUCACUAUUAGAAGAAAAAGAGGAAGAAUACUUGAGUGCAUGCUUGAUGCGGUAGUGGGGAAAAAAGGCUUAUAGCAGCUACUUCACAAACUUAAAUGACAAGCCUGGAUCAGGCUGUUUAAUAUAAUAGUCUCAAAAUAAGCACCUCAGAGACAACACAAUAUAAGUUUUAAUACUUCAGU